AUGCAAGCGUUAUUGAUAUUGCCAUCACCAACUUCCACAGUCGCGAGUUUGAGAGGGUUUUACGACCGCAUGGAAACGUAUAUCCGGGGUCUUGAGUCGCUAGGACAACAUCAAGAUAUGUACGGUAGCCUAUUGGUGCCAGUUGUAUUGGAAAAAUUGCCGAUGGCUAUACGUAAAAAUCUCGCCCGCGUAAACGAGAAUAAUGACUGGUUUUUGCAAGAUCUGCGACGAGCGAUUAACAAGGAAAUCAACAUUCUCGAGAUCGGCACCGGAAGUUCCUAUGCGUUGCCGGAAGUUAGCGACUACAACUCAACAUCAUUGUUUCAUGCAAGUGCGAAUGGUAAGAAGACUUCAUACACUCCUAGCAACAAGUUUGGCAAAAGGAAUACGCAAAAUUAUUCUAGAACAUGUGCAUUUUGUGAUCAAGAACAUUUAAGUUGUGAAUGUAAAAACUUUCCUGACACUGCUGCCCGAAUGAAUGUUGUGAAACGGAAACAGCUUUGUUUUAACUGCUUGGGUAAACACCGAAUCACAGAAUGCAAGUCAAACGGACGCUGUCAAAACUGCCACCGGAAGCAUCACACUUCUAUCUGUAAGGAGCUACAAAGAAAACCGGAAGUUGAAUCGCCGCAACCGGAAGCCGCCGUAUUCUUCUCGUCUACAAAGAGGUCGAACGCAGACGUUAUAUUAAAGACCGUCAUUGCCCCUGUUUCAUCGUCUCACACUACAACGGAUGCCGCCAUAUUAGUCGACGAAAGCGCACAGCGAUCCUUUAUCACCAGAAAGCUUGCUGACGAUCUUCAACUAGAGAGUGAUGGAAUAGAAACACUUAGCCUGACGGGAUUCGGAGGAAGUAAUAACAGAAGUUUACAGCAACUAGAACGCACGACAGUGUACAUAGUUUCGAAGAGAAAGAAGAUACCUGUAAGUGUACUCAUCGUCCCCACUAUUGCGGCUCCCAUCAGAUGCGGAUAUCUUAGAUCGACUGCGGAACUUCCAUACCUGCGGGGAUUGAAGUUGGCUCAUUCCGUUACAGGUGACACGUUAUUUGACAUUUCAUUACUCGUUGGAGCUUACCACUAUUGGGAUAUUGUCGAAGAUCACGUUGUUCGAGGGAACGGGCCGACUGCCGUCAAGUCUAAGAUUGGUUAUUUACUGUCCGGUCCGAUGCCCUCCACGACUCAUGCGUCAGCUGAUAAGCACAUCUUGAACGUACUUGCAUCGCGCGCCCCAGAACACAGCAUAUUAGAACGUUUCUGGAGUCCUGAGAACAUGGGUAUCUCACCUUGUGAACCUGACCGGAAGUCUGUCGAGUACCUACAGCAAUACCAAGCGACAGCUAUUGAGUACGACAACGGAAGGUACCAUGCCAAACUACCAUGGAAGCAAGACCACCCUGCUCCACCAACAAACCACAACAUAGCCUUGAAGAGAACUGUUGGGGCUAUUCAGAGGUUGCGCAAUGAACCGGAAGUGCCUCGGGCACAUUGUGACAUCAUAGCAGAGCAGGAAAGACGUGGCUUCAUCGAGCGGGUACCACUUGGUCAAGAGUCAGCUGAACAUUUGCACUACAUCCCUCAUCACCCAGUGGAAAAAGAAUCAUCAACGACACCCAUACGCAUCGUCUACGAUUGUAGCUGCCGUCAGUCACGUGAUUCACCAAGCUUGAACGACUGCCUGAAAUCAACGCCACCGGCAUUGAACGAGCUUACGUCGAUUCUUACAAUCGUCACAGAAAUCUAG